AUGCGGGCACCGGCGGCCAUGGAACCGACGCUGGAAGAGGCAGCGCGGGCGGGGCGGACAGCGCCAGGCCGGGGUAGGCCGCAGGAUGAGAGCGUCACGGGGGGCUGCCCCCCGUGCAGCAGCGACGGGUGGACGACCUGGCUGGCUUGCAGGGGGAGCGUCGCGGCCCCGAAGCUCGCCGGUGGCGCUGCGAGGCCAAGAAGCGCGCUCGAGAGCUCACCGGGGGCCGUGAGCGCCGUGAGCCUGGGGAGGACCUGCGCCGGCGCCGCUGGCGCCGUGGCCGCCGCGGAUGCCGUGGGGUCCUGCGGCAGCAUGCGCGAGAGCGCGGAGAGGGAAGAAGCGUUCGGUGCAGGGGUCAACGUCGGCGCCUGGGGCGACGGGCGAGUUCGGCGCGUUGCUGUCUCCGGUGCUGACGCCGGGGUCGGUCGGCACGCAGUCCUCGCGACGCUGCUUGCGCUGGGCCUCGGGCGCCUUGCCCGCGGAGACUUGCCCUUCUGA